AUGCAGCAACACCCAAGUCAAAGAACUACAUUUCGGGUCCGAAGAGUGCCUCUGGACUGGAGCGUUAUUCGUCUGCGAUCUUGUCUGGAACAACAUGAUCCUUCUUCUUGCCCAGUCAUAAAGUCAUUUGUCCCCGAAGUCGAUCGUCGAUCAUUUACCGCUACAGUGGUAUAUAAGAGCCGUCCAUUGGUAACCCAACACCCAAAGCCAUGGGACUUAUCACUAGAGGGGCCGCAUGGAAAUCCAUCCUCCAAUAGCGGAUAUCUAGCAAUUGACGAUGACUUGCUUGGCAUCACUUCUUUAUAUUUACCAGAGGCAAAGAAUUACAAAGUAGAUAUCAUUGCCCUUGGCAACAUCAGCGGACGUCCAUUGGAAUCAUUUGAGGAUGUGGCAAGUAAUCAUGUAUGGCUACGAGACAUUCUACCAGCUCAGUUUGUCGACGCGGAAAGCCGGCAGCCCAUGGUGCGAGUCAUGAUAUAUGGCUACCAGUCUGUGCUGGACGGAAAAUAUGGACGGGUGACUCUCGAAGCCUUGGGGACAGCUUUUGUCAAAGUCCUCACGGCGCUGGGCAAUUCCUCCCAGAUCAAACCAACAAUACUCAUUGGCCAUGGCGUUGGAGGUCUAGUCAUAAAACAGGUAGCUUUGAUAACUUUGUCCAAAUUACGAGGAGAGACUGAGAUGAACAUUUUCCGCGCAAUUCGCGGAGUGGUCUUCUUCGGCGUACCUCACGAUGGAAUGGAUAUAACAUCACUCCAGCUUACUGCUGGACACCCCAAUCAGCAAGUAAUAGACUCCCUUCGCCAGGGAGGAUCCGAACUUCUCAAUCAAAUGCACGCCGAAUUCAUCCAAGCAUUUUCUCAAAAGCCAGAAACCGAGAUAUUCAGCUUUUACGAGACGCUGGAGUCUGAGAUCACACCACCAAUAGGUGACAGCACCCUCCAAUACCAAGAACAGCAUGAUAAUUCGCACAAGAACACAAAAUCACAUGCUGGAGUUGUUGUGACGAGGGCCUCGGCAACUCAUUGUCGCCCAGAGACAGGUAAUGUCCAGCAGACGUGCGCGAUCCCUCGAAGUAACGCAGAUUUAGCAAGGUUCGAGCCGCAUGAUCCCGAUUAUGAUGCUGUUAGAAACGUAUUAUUCGGAAUAACCCAACGAGCAGUGAACUGA